AAGAGGCUAAUUUCCUUCUCCAUUUGGGUUUGGGUAACGUAAUAUUAGAGUUGAAAGCUGUUGGAUAUGAAGCAGAUGGAGAUCGUUACCGCCUGCGCAUCUCACUCUCGAUAAUCUCUCUCUCUCUCAAUUCUCAUUUCUCAGUUAAUUCUCUCUCUUUCUCUCUGGAGAAACGAUGGAGUCAAGAUCGCGCGCCCGAAAUCUCUCUUUCGAGGUGCUCGCCGCCACCACCUUCGACGCCAACGAUGUCGAAUCUAUUUACCCAUCCCUUUCCGAUCUUCUCCCUCGCUCCGAUGCCGAUUCAUCGAAACUCUCGCCCUCCGAGUCCAAGUCGGGCAGGCGGAAACGUAAGAGCAAAGCCUCAAAGAAGAAGAAUAGGACGAUCGAGAGUUCGAUUUCCGAGAACGGAGUUCUCGAGAACGGCUGCAGUCGAGGCGAAUUGGAAGUGAAUUCUAGCGUUUCUCAGACCGUUGUGUGCGAGGAAGUUACGGUUAGGGAAGAGAGUGUGUGUACAGUGGUUCCGGUUCGGGGAUCGGGGUUCCAGAACGAGCAGAAUUCCGAGGGUUUUUUGGCUGGGGAGUUAAGACAGAGGAGUGUGGUUUCCAGUGCUGGAAGUGACGACGCGUUGUCGCGGUUUGAUGAAAAUGCGAAGGAGGAGAGUGGAAGUAAUAAAUUGGAUUCGUCGGCGGGGAAACAGCUGCAGGAACCAAAUGUCAGUGGUCAUAGGAAACUGGAGACGGCGGAGUCUUUGGAUUGGAAGUCGUUGAUGGCAGAGGAUCCUAAUCAUGCGUUCUCAUUGGACAAGUCACCCGUGAAGUGCUUCAUUGAAGAAAUGUAUAGUGGAAACUCCUUACAGAGCACAACUACUCUUGGGAAUGAUAAAGAACGGGAAAGAGUAUAUGACACCAUUUUCCGCUUGCCAUGGCGAUGUGAACUGCUUAUAGAUGUCGGACUCUUUGUCUGCUUGGAUUCCUUUUUGUCAUUGUUAACAAUCAUGCCGACCAGGAUUCUCAUGGCCUUUUGCAGACUUUUUAAGACAAGGCAGUUUGAGAGGCCUUCUGCUUCAGAGCUGUCUGACUUCGGCUGUUUCAUUGUUCUGGCUUGUGGAGUUGCUCUUCUUGAACAAAUAGAUAUCAGCCUUAUAUAUCACAUGAUUCGUGGUCAAGGAACAAUCAAAUUGUAUGUGGUAUACAAUGUUUUGGAGAUUUUUGACAAACUGUGCCAAAGUUUUGGUGGAGAUGUACUGCAAACUUUAUUUAGUUCUGCAGAAGGACUUGCAAACUGCACAUCAGAAAGCAGAAGAUACUGGAUAUGGAGGUUCAUUUCAGAUGAGGCUUUGGCUGUGGCUUCAUCAAUUGUUCAUUCAUUUAUCUUAUUAGCUCAGGCCAUUACUUUGUCAACCUGUAUUGUUGCUCACAAUAAUGCUUUGCUGGCUUUGCUGGUAUCAAACAAUUUUGCUGAGAUAAAGAGCAACGUGUUUAAGCGUUUUAGCAAGGAUAAUAUUCACAGUCUGGUAUAUUAUGAUUCAGUGGAAAGAUUCCAUAUUUCAGCAUUUGUACUAUUCAUCUUGGCUCAGAAUAUUCUAGAAGCUGAGGGUCCUUGGUUUGAAAGUUUUCUUUUUAAUGCUCUCAUGGUUUAUCUCUGUGAAAUGAUGAUUGAUAUAAUAAAACAUUCAUUUAUUGCUAAAUUUAACGACAUAAAGCCUAUUGCAUUUUCUGAAUUUCUUGAAGACCUUUGCAAACAGACUCUAAAUAUUGAAACGGGGAAUGGGAAGAAAAACCUCACCUUUGUUCCUCUGGCACCAGCUUGUGUGGUAAUUCGAGUAUUGGCUCCAGUAUUUGCUGCUCGGCUUCCCUAUAAUCCACUUCCAUGGAGGCUCUUUUGGAUCUUGGUCCUUUCUGCCAUGACCUUUGUCAUGCUUGCAAGUCUUAAAUUGAUGAUUGGCAUGGGCCUCAAGAAACAUGCCAAAUGGUACAUCAAGAGAUGCCAGAAAAGAAAACUCCACUCUGACUAAGCAGAGCGGAUAGAGAAAACGCUCACUCGUUUUUACUCGACAAAACAGGCUCCGGCCGGCUGGGGAUGGACCCCCACCCCAGCUCGAGGUUUGCGCAAUCUGUGAACAUAGCAAAAGAACAUGGACAUGACUGAGGUUAUUUAUUGGGGUUGGAUGGCCUCGCCCGCCCGGGAGGACUGGGGGCGCUUUUUAUGUCCGGAGAGCAUGUAAAAUUUUCUAGAAGUUAUAUAAGUUGUUAACUUGGUCGUCACUGGUCACCCCCCAAUUUUGUAGUAGAAUGUGGCCAGGCUAGCUAUGUAUUGAUUCCAGUUUGUCCCAGAGCAGCUCUAUCUAUCUAUCAGCUAAUUGUUAUUAGCCACCCCACCUCGACUCUACUUGAAAAAAUUGAGACCAUAAAGCUGUGCAAACAUGCUCAGCGUCUCAUGUGCAGUCGACUUUUUUGGUCAUAAUAAUAAUACUCGUCAAUACCUGGAAACCUUCUUCCUUCA